AUGCUCACCGCCCAGCGCCCUGCUCUGUUCGCGGCCCGGUCGCGGGCUGCUACUGUCAAGGUCCAUGCCUCGUGGCAGAAGGCCACCACCAAGUCGGCGCUGCAGGCGGCUGGCGGCAAGCUUGUGGCGGAGCUCGGGGGCCAGCGCGUUCUGAUCGUCGAGGAUGCUGGGGAGGUGUUUGCCGUGAGCAACAAGUGCUCUCACCUGGGCCUGCCCCUCCAGGGCAAGACUGCCCUGUUCACCGCGACGAUCAAGGACAGCUGCGUGGUGUGCCCCGCGCACAACACCGCCUUUGAGCUGGCAUCCGGCGAGGUCAAGGGCGAGUGGUGCCCCAAGUUCCCCAACCUGCCCGUGGUCGGGAAGCUCAGCGAGAAGAAGCCGCUGCCGGUCUUCAAGGUGCGCGUCAGCGAGGGCGGCGACGUGGAGGUUGACGUGUGA